AUGUCUGACUCAGUGGAUUCCACCAACCCUGGCGGUGCUGCUGCUGGUGAUGCACCCCCAAUAAAGCUUUCGCUAAGAGAGGGUGAUUCGGCCGUCACUGGUGUGUCUACCCGUGAGGAAGACUUGGCCCAUGGCCCUUUAUUGUUGGGGCUUGGUGACGGACAAGAGCAUCCGCCCAUUGAUCCAACCUGGGGAACGACUGAGAACCAUGCUCCACAGACAGAUGUACAGCCGUUAUUUCCAUUUAGAGCGCCUCAGCCAGACCUUACAGAGUUCGUGUCAGCUUCUGAACCUUCACACUCAGGGCCUUCCUUCGCUGUUCCAACCCAGAGCGUCUCACACGCAAGCAAUUCACGCCACGACGAACCGCUGCUUACUUCCACAGAUAAGCCAAGGAGCAUUCAAUCAUUGUCAUGGAUCCCUGAGUUUUCAUGGCUGGACGCCCGCCUGUGUUUUGAUGGUCAGCCACUGGAGCUGCCAGCAACACGCGAUGGCCAGUUCUCGAGAGGUGGCCCUGUCUCAGAGCAUGGAUUCUCCAUAUCUCAGAGGUCUUUUCCUCGUAUAGGAGUGCCCAAUGGCGAACAUGGCGGGUUCCAGAUAUCUGAUAUCACUGGCGUUGGAGGUUUCGUCAGUUCAGACGAACGCCAGGAAGAAAGAAACCUUGAUCAAAAUUCGGACAUUAUGCCUGCAGUAAGCUCCAGUUCCAGCGAUACUUCACACUCUGAAGCCGUAUUUCGAGGAGAAUUCAUCGACCCAAGUCAACCUGUUCAGGACGAGAUUGCCAUACAGGAAAUCAUCAAGAACAUAGUGGAAAUACUUGCCGACGACUACUACAGGUCAUAUGCGCCACAGAGACGGACUCUUGCAGCCAAGCGUAAACAAGUUGAUCGAUGCUCCAGCAGUUCGAUCAAGAACACCCAAGCAACAAUUGGACGGAAAGGCGCCAAGCCAACAGGUCGCAGAGGCCAGACUAUUGAUGAAGACGAAGGGAGUGAGGAUGAAGAUUCUAGCGGUAAUGGACGAAACCCCUCCGCUACUGACAUAUCUUCCGAAAAUAGACUCUUUUGGGCCUGUCCUUUCAUGAAGUGGAAUCCCAUAAAGUACAGAGAAAGUUGUGUCAAGAAACUUAGGGACAUAUAUCGCCUAAAGAAGCACCUUCAAGAGAAGCACUUCUCCCAUCAUUGCCGGGUCUGUUUCAAUGAGUUUCGGCCUGAGGACUUGGCCCUGCACGAGAAAGCAUGCGAAAGUCUAUUCCCCCUUCCGACGCGCCCACCGCCCCCAGUCGGACUUAUCACGAGGGAUAUGGCAACUGCGAUAAAUGAGAGAUCCAACACCAGACUGACUUCAAGAGAGCAAUGGGAGAGGCUGUUCAAGAUUAUCUUUCCCCACGAACCGAUUCCUUUGAGCCCCUAUCUCGAUGAUGAGUGGAAAGUGGCCCACUGCUGCGACUACUUCCAUCAGUCAUAUGUCCGGCGUCAGACUCGUAAAAUGAUACACGAGUCUGGGCUUGGCCAUAUACGGAAAACAAUGCCGAUUGUGUUUGAACAACUAUUAGACUACUUGUGGGACUCUCUCAAUAUCGAACAUGAGAUCAGACCUCAUGUAGCUUCUGAAGAAGAAACAGUUGAUCAGACACAACUCAUUUCGACUACGGAAGACUACAUACCUGAAGAAUCACAAACACCUGCAUUGAGGGGCUUUGAGUAUGGCCAGGAUGGGCUCGACGCAAUUCAGUAUAGUGGGUUGAUGGAAGUCGAAAACACUACGACUCUGGUCCCAGAACCAUUUGCUGACCAGCCCGAAACUGGAGUUGGGGAAGAUCUUGAUCAUCUUGAAUUCAUUGACAACUACGGAUCUUCCUGUUCAGAUAUCGCUACAAACAUGAACUUUGACGAGGUUUGGAGUGAUCCCUUUUCGAGGCCUGGAGUAGGGGAUACUCCUUGGUACGGUGGACAAGAGGUGUUUGAGACGGGGCUCGAUCAAACGAGAGGCGAUGAGACUCUUUUCCAGUGGCCUUAG